AUGGGGCGGCCGCGGGGCGCGCCGAGCGUGGCGGAGCGGGCGGGCUGCGUGGUGAGCGCGUGGCGCGCCGGGCGGCCCGAGGCGGGCGCGCGGAGCUGCAGCGGCGUGGUGCUGCGCCGCCGGCCGGGCCUGGUGCUGUGCCACGGCGGCGUCCUGGCGCCCUUCCUGCGCGCGGGCAGCGAGGCGCUGGCGGCGGCCGAGGGCUCCGCGCUGCCCGCCGACUGCUGCGGCCGCGACCUGCGCCUGCGCGUGCGCUGGGGCCCCGCAGCCGGAGCCGGAGCCGCAGCCGCCCGAGCCCAGGGCCGCCUCCCCGCCGCGGGCCCGGCGCUGCGCUCCGCCCGGUGCGCGGGGCCCGGCCUCGGCCUCGGACCCGCGCCCGGCCGCCCCCCGGGCCGCCCGGCCGAGCUGCUGCUGCUGCUGAGCUGCCCGGCCUUCCGCGCGCACUUCGCCCGCCUCUUCGGGCCCGCCGACGGGGACGAGGACCAGGACGAGCCCCGGGACCGGGACCCGGGCGGCCGGUGGCGCUUCUCCGGGGACGAGGACGGGGACGGGGACGAGGAGGAGGCGGCGCAGCUCCGCGCGCUCGGCUGGUUCGCGCUGCUCCGCGUGCGGCCGGGCGAGGAGGGCGAGGACGCCGCCGAGGAGGACGGGGACGACGGCUCGGAGCCGGGCCUGGCGGUGGCGCCGCUCGCGGGCCUGGCCAAGGGCGCGCCGCUGCUGGCCUGCGCGUCCCCGUUCGGCGCCUGCUGCCCCGACCUGUUCCUCAACACGCUGAGCCGCGGCGUGCUCAGCAACCGGGCCGGCCCGCUGCUGCUCACCGACGCGCGCUGCCUGCCGGGCUCCGAGGGCGGCGGCGUCUUCGCGCUGGACUCCGGCGCCCCCGGCCUGGACGGCGCGCUCGCGGCGCUCGUGGCCGCGCCGCUGUGCUGGAGGGCCGGCGAGUGGGUGGGCCUCUCGCUGCUCUGCGCCGCCGCGCCCCUGCUGGCCGCCCUGCGCGCCGCGCUCGCCCGCCUGCGCCCGCACGACGGGCCCGCGCUGGCCGCCCUCCUGCCGCCCGAGCCGCGGCCGCUCCGGCGCCGGGACCCCCCCUGGGCCGCCGCGGCCGUGCUCGUCGAGGGCGGCGCCGUCUGGGGCUCCGGCGUGGCCCUGGCGCCCCGCCUCGUGCUCACCUGCCGCCACGUGGCCCCCCGCCGGGGUGCCCGGGUCCUGGUGCGAGCCCCCGAGGGUGCCCAGAUCUGGGGGCAGGUGGUGUUCGCCACCCAGGAGACCUCCCCCUAUGACAUCGCCGUGGUGAGCCUGCAGGAGGACCUGGAUGGGGUUCCUAUACCUGUGCCCACUGAGCAUUUCCACACAGGCGAGGCUGUCAGCGUUGUGGGCUUCGGCGUCUUUGGCCAAGCAUGUGGGCCCUCAGUGACCUCAGGCAUCCUGUCAGCUGUGGUUCAGGUGGAUGGCCGCCCGGUCAUGCUGCAGACCACUUGCGCAGUGCACGGAGGUUCCAGUGGGGGACCCCUCUUCUCUACCUCCACCGGUAACCUCCUGGGCAUCGUUGCCAGCAACACCCGGGACAAUAACACGGGGGCCACGUACCCGCACCUCAACUUCAGCAUCCCCAUCACGGUGCUGCAGCAAGCUCUGCAGCGCUACAGCCGCGACGGGAACCUGGGCAGCCUCCAGGAGCUGGACCGGGCCCCGGAGCCUGUGAAGGUGGUGUGGCGUCUGCAGCGCCCCCUGGCCAAGGCUCCCCGGAGCAAGCUCUGAGGCGCGAGCACAGCAGUGGGAAGCC